AUGACAGCCACAACUCGUGGCUCUCCAAUAGGAGGGAAUGACAUCCAAGGCCAGGCUCCUGAUGGGCAGUCUCAGCCCUCCUUCCAUCAGAACCAGACCUCAUCAGCUGACUCGUCCAAUGAGAAUUCCCCAGCAACUCACCCAGAUGAACAAGGUCAAGGUGAUGCUCUGCCACAGCACGAAGAUGAAGAACCUGCAUUUCCACAUACUGACUUGGCAAAGUUGGAUGACAUGAUCAAUAGGCCUCGAUGGGUGGUUCCAGUUUUGCCAAAAGGGGAAUUAGAAGUGCUUUUAGAAGCUGCUAUUGAUCUUAGUAAAAAAGGUCUUGAUGUUAAAAGUGAAGCAUGUCAGCGUUUUUUUCGAGAUGGGUUAACAGUAUCUUUCACUAAAAUUCUUAUGGAUGAGGCAGUGAGUGGCUGGAAAUUUGAAAUUCAUAGGUGUAUUAUUAACAAUACUCAUCGUCUAAUGGAGCUUUGUGUGGCCAAGUUGUCCCAAGACUGGUUUCCACUUCUAGAUCUUCUUGCUAUGGCCUUAAAUCCACAUUGCAAAUUCCACAUCUACAAUGGUACACGUCCAUGUGAAUCAGUUUCGACAAAUGCUCAAUGGCCUGAAGAUGAACUAUUUGCUCGUUCUUCAGAUCCUCGAUCACCAAAAUUGUUCUGUUAUUGGAAAUACAAUAUUGAAGUCGCCAAACCAUUUGGACAAUGCUAUGAGUUUCUCAGUCAAUAUACAGUGAGAAAAUACUUUCUUCCAGUUGUAGAAAUAGUUCCUCAGUUUUUAGAAAAUUUAACUGAUGAAGAACUAAAAAAAGAAGCAAAGAAUGAAACAAAAAAUGAUGCCCUUUCGAUGAUCAUUAAAUCUCUGAAGAAUUUGGCUUCCAGAAUUCCAGGACAAGAAGAAACUGUAAAAAAUUUAGAAAUUUUUAGGUUGAAAAUGAUACUCAGGUUGUUGCAGAUUUCUUCUUUUAAUGGAAAGAUGAAUGCACUGAAUGAAAUUAACAAAGUGAUAUCUAGUGUAUCAUAUUAUACUCAUCGGCAUGGUAAUCCUGAGGAGGAAGAGUGGCUGACAGCUGAUCGAAUGGCAGAAUGGAUACAACAGAACAAUAUCUUAUCCAUAGUCUUGCGAGAUAGUCUUCAUCAACCUCAGUAUGUGGAAAAGCUAGAGAAGAUUCUUCGUUUUGUGAUUAAAGAAAAAGCUCUUACAUUACAGGAUCUUGAUAACAUCUGGGCAGCACAGGCAGGGAAACAUGAAGCCAUUGUGAAGAAUGUACAUGAUCUGCUGGCAAAGUUGGCUUGGGAUUUUUCUCCUGAACAACUUGAUCAUCUUUUUGAUUGCUUUAAGGCAAGUUGGACAAAUGCAAGUAAAAAGCAACGCGAAAAGCUACUGGAGCUGAUUCGUCGUCUUGCAGAAGAUGAUAAAGAUGGUGUGAUGGCACACAAAGUUUUGAACCUGCUUUGGAAUCUGGCCCAUAGUGAUGAUGUGCCUGUAGACAUCAUGGACUUAGCUCUCAGUGCCCACAUAAAAAUACUAGAUUACAGUUGUUCCCAGGAUCGAGACACACAGAAGAUCCAGUGGAUAGAUCGCUUUAUAGAAGAACUUCAUACAAAUGACAAGUGGGUGAUUCCUGCACUGAAACAGAUAAGAGAAAUUUGUAGUUUGUUUGGUGAAGCACCUCAAAAUUUGAGUCAAACUCAGCGAAGUCCCCAUGUAUUUUAUCGUCAUGAUUUAAUCAACCAGCUUCAGCACAAUCAUGCCUUAGUUACUUUGGUAGCAGAAAACCUUGCAACUUACAUGAAUAUUGUUCGACUGUAUGCUAGAGACCAUGAAGACUAUGACCCACAAACUGUGAGGCUUGGGAGUAGAUACAGUCAUGUUCAAGAAGUCCAAGAAUGGUUUAACUUCCUUAGGUUGGUUUUAAGCAAUUAG